UGGACGGCGAGUGGUGGACGAAUUUUAACCCUGCGACUCACCCCGGCCAGAGCCAUCGCAGCAAAAGGAGCCCAGUACAGUAGCUAUUUAUGCUUUGAUAUAAAACUUCCAUGGUGCAAGUUGUAAUCCUCACAUGACAUCUGUUUUGCGUCCAGUAAAUUUGGUAUCUGUUAAUUAUUGUGUUCGCCAAAUGAAGUACACGCAGUCCGAUUUCGUGACUGUGUUUUGCAAAUGCGUCAGUUGCGAAAUAUAGUGUAGGUAAUAAUCUGAUAUCAAGUUCACCUCUCAUGUACACUGUGUGAGACCGCAUUGUGUUACCUCAAUGACUGACGAGCAAUCGCAACUGAAAGGACAGUUCGUGCCAGAAGAUAAGUCCAGAGCUAAUUCAGUUGCGUCUUUGUCAUCGUCGGGAGUCUCAGACGAAAUCUCUCUCCUUCCGGAAGUGAGCUUCGCUCCUGGGUCAAAUAACGGCGGCACCAUUGAUUCUCCACGGACGAAUCGAGAGAACCAGCCGCUUUUAGGGCGGAUGGAAUUAGAUGUCACAUUUAACAAUUUCCCCGAUGAUCCACAAUUUUCAGAGCUGGUUCGCCAGGCCGAGACAGCUAUUGAUAAUGGCAUUUAUCCAGAAAGAAUAUCACAAGGAUCGAGUGGAAGUUACUUCGUUAAAAAUCCUGCUGGGAAAGUAGUUGGAGUUUUCAAACCAAAGGAUGAAGAACCAUAUGGGAGACUUAAUCCAAAAUGGACAAAAUGGAUGCAUAAAUUGUGCUGUCCAUGUUGCUUUGGACGGUCCUGCCUUAUACCAAAUCAGGGAUACCUGUCAGAAGCUGGUGCAAGUCUGGUUGACCAAAAGUUACAACUUAAUGUUGUGCCAAAAACAAAGGCAGGUUCCUUCCAACUCUUUGUAGAUGGAUACAAAGAUGCAGAUUAUUGGUUGCGGAAGUUUGAGUUGUAUCCAUUGCCUGGUAAAGUCCAACAUGAUUUUCAAUUACAAUUUGAACGUUUGGUUGUUCUGGACUACAUUAUACGAAACACGGAUAGAGGAAAUGAUAAUUGGUUAAUUAAAUAUGAUCAACCAAACAUUCAACCUGCUGCAACAAGUACAUUAGAUGGAGAAAUGAUGGAUGCAACUGAAUGGAAUGUCGUUCAGCUACCGGAAAUUAGAAUUGCUGCUAUAGAUAAUGGUUUAGCAUUCCCUUUCAAACACCCAGAUUCCUGGAGAGCAUAUCCUUAUCAUUGGGCUUGGUUGCCUCAAGCUAAAGUUCCAUUUAGUCAAGAGACACGAGAAUUGGUGCUACCCCAGCUUUCUGAUAUGAAUUUUGUCCAAGACCUGUGUGAUGAUCUGUACCAUCUAUUCAAGCAAGAUAAAGGCUUUGACCGGCAUUUAUUUGAGAGACAAAUGAGUGUAAUGAGAGGUCAGAUUUUGAAUCUUACACAAGCUCUGAAAGAUGGCAAAAGCCCUGUUCAGCUUGUGCAAAUGCCUGCUGUUGUUGUUGAAAGAAUAAAAGUCCAUUCUUUUCCUGGUGUUGAUGAGAAACAUUUUGUUGGGACUCCUUACUCCUGUGAAAUAUUUUUUAUUGAAGGCCUGAAGACUAAUUAUAUAUAUAUAUAUAGUUUAUUUGUGAAGUUGGUAGAAGGAAGUGUAAAAAAAAGAUUAGGCAGUUUAAAGCUCACUUUUCUCUACAAGCUCAAGAGAGUUUCAGAUUCAUAUUUUGUACAUAUGGACCAACUUAAUAAUAUAAUAAAGAAUGCUAUUCCUGUAUGUGCUGUGAAACAUUAG